CGCGCUGUUGCCAAACUUCGCCGGUCCAAAUUCAAACGCUGCGCAGCUGCAGGAAGUCGUCUUUGUAGCGACGUAGCUGUGUCGAAUUUUCUCUUUCUCAUCGUUGCCGCUGCCUGUGUCCCUUGUCUUCGUGUUCCCAGCAUCUAACACCCGGCAGAAGAAAAAUGGCAACUACAAAAGCGGAUCAAGUGGACGAGUCGCUGGAGGAUUCUUCGCUCGAGGAGGAGGAGGCCGAACAGAAGACCCCCAACAAGUUUAUGGACUUCACCAACGUUUUGGCGUCGCUGGAGAGUCAGAGGAAUGCCGAUAAGUUGGGGCAAGUGCCCCCGGCCGUCAAGCGGAGGAUCAAGGCUCUAAAGAAGCUGCAGUUGGAGACGACCAACAUCGAGGCCAAGUUUUUCGCAGAAGUGCACGCGCUAGAGUGUAAAUACCAUAAAUUGUACGUGCCGAUGUACGAAAAAAGGAAUACUAUCGUGACUGGGGCUUACGAGCCCACAGAGGAAGAAUCUCAAUGGCCUUCAGAUGAUGAAGAGGAAACUCUGGGAAAUCAACUUAAGAAUAAAGCUAAAAUCGAGGAGGAAAAAACGCCUGAGAUUAUACCCAAAAACCCCGAAACUAACGACGUAGCGGACCCUACAGGAAUACCCAAUUUCUGGUUGACUAUUUUCCAGAAUGUUAAUCUUUUGUCAGAGAUGAUACAGCCUCCUGAUGAACCCAUCCUCAGCCACCUGCAAGACAUCAAAGUUGACUGUUCAGAAAGCCCAAUGAGUUUUACUUUAUCAUUCCACUUCUCGCCCAACCCCUACUUCACGAAUUCAGUCCUUACGAAAGAAUAUUUCAUGAAAUGUGAGCCUGAGGAAGAUGAUCCUUUCAAUUUCGAAGGUCCAGAAAUUUACAAAUGCAAAGGUUGCACCAUCAACUGGAAUAAAGGAAUGAAUGUGACGCUGAAAACCGUGAAGAAGAAGCAGAAGCACAAGAGUCGUGGCGUGGUCCGUACGGUGACGAAAACCGUUCAGAAUGACUCGUUCUUCAAUUUUUUCGCACCGCCUGAACUUCCCGAGAACGCCAAAGGGGAAGAAAUCGACGACGAGUUGCGUCAAUUACUCACCACCGAUUUUGAGAUUGGGCAUUAUAUAAGGGAGAGGAUUGUGCCGAGGGCCGUCCUGUUCUAUACAGGGGAAGCAAUUGAAGAUGAAGAUGAUGAUUACGAGGAUGAUGAUGAUCUGGAGGAUACAACUGAAGAGAGCGAUUCAGAUAAAGACGACAACGAUAAGGCGGCCAGGGAUGCGAAUUGUAAACAGCAAUAAGUGGGCCAUUUACUUCCUAUUUCCUCGCUUUUAAUUGUAACUUAUUUAAUUUUUUCUGUCUAAAUUGUUAGAACUGGUUGGAAAACUAUUGUUGAUGAUAAAGGUUUUAUGGACCGUUAUAGGCGAGGUUUCUUUCGGGAAAUCGCUCUCAGAGUUUUCCAAAUUGAUUUGUACUAUUUUGCAAAAUAAACAAUUUUUUUAAAGAAAAA